AUGGGCACAGACGAAAACUUGAUAGAAAAAUUGCUACCUAUACAACUUGCGCUCGAAUACCUAGCCACUCUUUCACAUAAAAGUGGUGUAUCCAAGGAGUUGAUGACAAAUAUGCGGCUCUGCUUUGGUAACGGAAUGGGGCCUAGUCCAUUUGCAAAAGCACUGAGCACUAGACACCACCUGCGACACGACAAAAUUGAAUGGCAUACAUCCAGACGAUUGCAAUCUAGAUAUUCUGUCUACCAACCGCUUGCUCCACGACCAAUACAACAGCAACAAGUUUACAGCCAAUCUGAUUUGUAUUCCUUUGUACGUCCACCUAUGUCAGCAUUACCACCACCGCCUACUACAUCUACACUACAACCGCAAUUAUAUCUAGCAUUCCAAGUGCAGCCGCAUUCAUUGAAGCAGCAGCAACAACAGCAGCAUAUGCUCUAUAGUCCUACACCUCAGCAACAAGCAAUCUAG